AUGGACAACGGGCAAUAUGUCGACGGGAGUAUUUACUUCUACUCCCCCAACAAAGGAGCACCGAUAUUUUUUGCAGUUGCCUUUGCGAUUUCAGGCAUCUAUCACGUUUACCAAUGCAUCUCCUACAAGAGCUGGAGACUGACGGGGUUUUACGUGUCCUGUGCCGUCCUGUUCUCCGGCGGCUUCAUCGUCCGGGAAAUUGGGGCAUAUGACUAUGGAAACUUGGUCAAGUACAUCGUCAGUGUCUGCUUGAUCUACGCGGCGCCUCCGAUCCUCGAGCUCGCCAAUUACAACAUCCUGGGCCGCAUCCUCUACUAUGUCCCCUAUCACUCGCCAAUUCACCCGGGCCGGGUCAUCACCACGUUCGCCUUUAUUUCCAGCAUUGUCGAGGCGCUGAACGGCAACGGCGCAGCCUACAGUGCCAACCAGUCACUACCGCAAUCGAAGCAGGACAUCGGGCGCGCGCUCUUGAAAGCAGCCUUGCUGAUCCAAAUUGUGGUCAUCGCCCUCUUCCUGCUUCUGGCGGCCGUCUUCCACCGGCGAUGCGUCCGGGCGGGCAUCGAAAGCGACAAGCUCCGAAACUCGCUGUAUACUCUCUAUGCGUCGACUGCCCUGUUGACGGCUCGGACCAUCUACCGCAUAGUGGAAUACUGGAGCGUUGCAAACCUCCACUUCGGGCCGGGUUUUGAUCCAAUGAGCAUAAGCCCCAUCAUCCGCUACGAGAGAUACUUCUACGUCUUCGAGGCCUCGCUGAUGCUUAUCAACCAUUGGAUGAUGAAUCUCAGGCACCCCAGGAAGUAUCUUCCGAAGAGCACCAAGACGUAUCUGGCCAAGGACGGGCAGGAAGUCACGGGUCCCGGGUACAAAGAUCCUCGUCACUUCCUGGCCACCGUGGUUGACCCGUUUGAUCUGAUCGGCCUGAUAAAGGGGCGGGGCAAGGAGACGCCCUUUUGGGAGCAAGACACCGGCGGCCUUGGCAGCGGAGACAAGGAUGAUCCCGAAGCGGCGUGA